AUGGUUGAUGAAGCUCGUGAUGAGUCCAUGAAAGAGCAAAUGGUUGUGCUGUUUGGAUAUGUUGAUGCAGAAGGCUUUGUGAAAGAACGCUUUUUUGGGCUUAUUCAUGUUGUUGACACUGCAGCUUUGACUCUAAAGAAGGGGAUAUAUUCUUUGUUAUCUCAAUAUUGCUUAGAUAUACAAAAUAUUCGAGGGCAAGGAUAUGAUGGAGCAAGCAACAUGCGAGGUAUGUGGAAUGGAUUACAAGCUUUGAUUUUGAAUGAUUGCCCAUAUGCUUACUAUAUCCAUUGUUUUGCACAUCGCUUACAAUUGGCAUUAGUAAAAGCAUCAAAACAAGUUGUUCCCAUUAGUCAUUUUUUUCUUACAUUGCUUUUUUUGAUCAAAAUUGUUAAUGCUUCAUGCAAGCGCAAUGAGCAAUUGAAAGUUGCCAAUGUUAAUGAAAUAGCAUGUUUGAUUGAUCUUGAAGAGCUUGAGACUGGAAGUAGACUUAAUCAAAUUGGCACUUUACAACAACCUGGAGAAACACGUUGGAGUUCACAUUUUAGAUCAGUUUCUAGCUUAUUAAGGAUGUUUAGUUCAACUGUUGAAGUUUUACAAAAUAUAAUUGAUGGUGCAAUUGAUGGAGAAAAUCGGGCAGAAGGAGAGUCAACUUAUAAAGGUUUAGCUUCAUUUGAAUUUGUUUUCAUCUUGCAUCUUGAGAAGGAAAUUAUGGAGAUCACUGAUAAACUUUGUCAAGCUUUGCAAAGCCAAUCUCAAGACAUUUUAAAUGCCAUGCAUUUAGUUUCAUCUACUAAAGCACUUAUCCAAAAAUUUAGAGAUGAUGGAUGGGAUGGCUUACUCACCACUGUAAUAUCAUUUUGUGAGAAGCACCGCAUUGAUGUCCUGCAUAUGAAUGCUCAUUAUGUUGCGAGGCGAGGUCAAGCUCGUAAUCAACAAGAUAACGUUACAAAUGAGCAUCAUUAUCGAGUAAAUAUUUUUUAUGCUACAAUAGAUUCUCAACUACAAGAACUAAAUUAUCGGUUUAAUGAAGAUGCAAUGGAGUUACUUAGGUUUAGCUCAGCUUUAGAACCUCAAGAGACAUUAAAAUCUUUCAGAAUUAGUGAUCUUUGUUUGUUGGUAAAGAAUUUCUAUCCACAAGAUUUCACAGAUUAUGACAAACAAGUGUUGGAGAAGGAGCUUUAUCGUUUUGAGCAUAAUGUAGUCCAAGAUCCAGAGUUCAAAAAAUUGAAAAGUUUAUUUGAGUUGUCUCAAUGGUUAGUGCGAACUGGAAAUUCAGAACACUACAAACUUGUUUAUAGAAUGGUGAGACCUGUGCUUACUCUUCCAGUUUCUACUGCUACUACAAAGCAAGCAUUUUCAGCUAUGAAACUUGUCAAAAAUGAACUUCGAAACAAAAUGGAAGAUGACUUUUUGAAUGACUCUUUAAUGUUAUACAUUGAAAAGGAUAUAGUUUCGACAUUUAGUUUGGAUUCAAUAGUAGAUGAUUUUGAAGAUUUGAAAGAGCGUCGAGUUCCCUUUUCAUAG